AUGUUUUCAUCGUCUCUAGGGACGGCCCUCGUUGGGGCAGUCCUUGCUACAAACGUAGCAGCAUAUCCACCAGCUUAUGCACCUGAAAAGUAUUCUGAUCGUAUAGAUGUCGUCCACACCGGUAUCUCUACUGUUGUACACUCUGGUGUUUCUGCAAGACACACAUCCCACAAGCAGCUUUGCAGCCAUGACAUUGGCUGCUCGAGACAGAAUGAGGUCUUGUUAGAUACUGGAGUCAGUGCCGCGUUAGAUGUAUUUGGUCUUCUUGACCUCGGUCUUGGUGCAGAUAUCGGAAUCAGCUUUGGAAGUGCAUCAGGAUGCCAGAUCAAGUGUGUUGAUUGUCGAACAUGGGGUACAGCCGUCGUCACCAACACCGUGGCCGAAAUCUCCGGCAAUAUUAUCGAAGAGGUGCUCGAGUUCUUGGAACGCCCUUACGAAACCAUUGUUGAGGCCGCAAGCUUGGAAUGUUUGAUUUCUCUGGAGGAUGUUGGAGGACACAUCGAACUCAAUGUUUUCGCCGCUGAAUCCGCCACUUACACUCUCAAUAUUUUCGAAGCUGGUCUUAUUGCUGAUGUUUCUAUCCUCGAUACUGUCUCGGUUGGCUUGAACGUUUUCCUCGAUUUGGUUAUCUCCGUUGAUGCUCAAGUCGAUCUCUCUGCUGGUUUCGAAUUCUCCUUCCCAGAAGGCGCUUCCCUUACUGUUGACCUCUUGGCCGGUGCUAUCAAGGACUAUAACUUCGACGGAGCUGUCAUGAAUGACCUUCCUAUCGUUGUCCUUGCUGGUGAAGCCACAUUGCAAGCUUCCAUUCGCUGCAGAGUUGAGGCUGGUACUACCGUCUCUCUCUUGGGCAUUGGCUACGGCUUUGAACUUGGUGUCUAUGCCGAUUUGCUUCAAUAUGUCACUGAAAUUGGUAGCACCGAUGAUUGUCCACUUUCUAUCUCGGGUGCAGUCGAUGUUAACAUUGGUGCAUAUGCUGCUUCCGUUGCAAACAUCGACUUUGCUGCAUUCGAGAUUGCUCCAACUGCCGCUAUUACUGUGAAUGCUGGUGCCCUAGCUGCUAUUUGCACCACUAGACCAACUUCCACCAGAGUAUUGGGUGCUAUUUCCACUGGAUCUGCUUCCAGUGGCUCUGAUUCCACUGGCUCCGGUUCCAGCAAUUCGGCUUCCAGUGGCUCGGGUUCUGAUUCCGGUGCAUCAGCCUCUGACUCUGGCUCCGCCCCAUCUGGAACUGGACAUUUCUCGAAUGGCACUGUGCUAACUGCUUCCCGACCAUCCGGUGCUUCCGCCACUGGAUCAUUGAUCGGUACCAUUACUAGUGCAGCAUCUUUGACCACAUCUACAGCUUAUGCUACCCAAGUUACUACCAUUACUAGCUGUGCUUCAAAUGUUAUCCAUUGCCCAGCAUCCCUUGCAGGUACCACAGUUGUUACUCAAACCGUUAUCGAUUAUACUACCGUUUGCCCAGUUACUGAGGCUGGUAACACCGCGUCAGGAGCAAUUCCAUCAAGCUUGCCAUCCCUUACUACUUCGGCCAAUACCAAUGUUGCCCCGUCAUCUAUCCCUGGCACAAUCAUUCUUACCUCAGUUGCAUCAGCAAGCCCAUCUACUUUCGACGUCCCAAGCUCAACUCCUAUCGCUGUCGUUCCCGUCGGCACUGGAGCUUCAACCACUAACUUGGCAUCCAUCACCUCCGCCUUGUCCAGUGAACUCUCGGGCUCUUCUCCAUCAAGUACGAUUGGUUCCGGAAGUAAUGCUGCUUCAGCUCCUACCCCAAGCAGUACCGGAGAACUCAGCGGUGAGACCACCUCCCCAAGUGGUUCAUCCCCAAGUGCCUCUGGAUCAAACGGUUCAUCCCCAUCAAGCUCUAUCGCAACUGGCUCAUCCCCAAGCGCAUCUGGCUCUGGAAACUCUGGAAGUGACUCAUACCCAAGUGGUUCUCCAUCUGGAAGUGGAGCCUAUCCAAGUGCUUCGGGACCAAACGGUUCAUCCCCAAGUGCCUCAGGAUCAGAAAAUGGUUCGUCUCCAUCUGGCACCGCCGCUGCUUCUGUUCCAUGUGUUUCGUCAGGUGCUCUUCUCUCCGGUCAAACUGCUUGCCCAGUUUCUGGCUCUACUCCAGCUCAAACCAGCACUGGUGAACUCAGCGGACUUUCCACCGUCCCAGCUGGAUCUUCUCCAUCAUCUGUCGCUUCCGGUUCGUCCCCAAGUGCAUCUAACGGAGCUUAUCCAUCAGGAUCAACUGGACCAUCUGGAUCUUCUCCCAAUGCUUCUUCAGGCUCAAACCAACCUUCUGCCAGUGGUUCAUUGCCAGCCGUUUCUUCCAAUGGAUCUUCUCCAUCUGAAUCUGCCAACAUCUCAAGCCCAUCUGGUACUACCGAUUCCAGUGGCGCUAGUGUUACUGGAGGCUCUUCUCCAUCUGCCUCCUCAUCCGAAACUGUUUACACAACCGUUAUCGUCGAUUCAUACACUACUGUUUGCCCUGUUACCAUGACACAAACUAGUGAAGGUGUAACAAGUGUUUUGACCACUUCUACCAUUUCAACUGUCUACAGCUCUUCCACCAUGACUGCCACCAAGACUGUUGUCGUGAAGCCAUCUGGUUCAUCUCCAUCUGAAUCCGCUCAAGUCACUGGCCCAGCUGUUUCUUCACCAGGAUUCUCAUCCGAGACUGUUUACACUACCGUUAUCGUUGAUUCAUACACUACAAUCUGCCCAGUUACUUUGACUCAAACCAAUGGCGGAACCACCAGCGUUUUGACUACUUCUAGCACCUCCACAGUCUACAGCUCGUCAACCGCUACCGGUACACGUACUAUCACUGUUGCACCUUCCGCAACUUCCGAUUCUGAGGGUGCUAGUGUCGUUCCAUCUGGUUCUGCUCAAGUUACUGGCCCAGCUGUCUCUUCCCCAGUUCAAUCUUCCGAGACUGUCUACACUACCGUCAUUGUUGACUCUUACACCACUAUCUGCCCAGUUACUUUGACUCAAACUACUGGAGGAGCCACCAGCGUUUUGACUACUUCUAGCAUCUCCACUGUUUACAGCACCUCCACCCUUGUUGGUACUAGCACUGUUGUCGUGACCCCAGUAGCCUCCGCUCCAGCAAGCUCUGCUCCAGCAGGCUCCGCCCCAGCUGUCUCUUCUCCAGCUCAAUCUUCCGAAACUGUCUACACAACUGUCGUCGUCGACUCUUACACUACAGUUUGCCCAGUAACUCUCACCCACACCAGCCAAGGUACAACCAGCUUUGAGACAACCACCAGCUUGUCCACUGUUUACAGCACUUCCACUCAUGUUGGUACUAGCACUGUUGUCGUAACCCCAGCACCAUCGUCAACAGGAUCUGCUGAUGCAUGCUCCGAGACCUGCACCACUGAGUACAACACUUGUCGAAGUGCUUCAGGUGCAAACCGAGCCACUUGUGCUUCUGACUAUGCAUCGUGCCUCGGAUAUUCUCCGUUUGAUAGCAACGGAUCAUUGGUCACUCCAACUGCCUGCUCUUCUGGACCAUCGGCACCAGCAUCAUCUGCCCCAAUAGCCUCCGCUCCAGCAAGCUCUGCUCCAGCGUCAUCUGCUCCAGCGUCAUCUGCUCCAGUAGCCUCCGCUCCAGCAAGCUCUGCUCCAGCAAGCUCUGCUCCAGCGUCAUCUGCUCCAGUAGCCUCCGCUCCAGCAAGCUCUGCUCCAGCGUCAUCUGCUCCAGUAGCCUCCGCCCCAGCAAGCUCUGCCCCAGCUGUUUCCCAAGGUGUGUCUACCGAACAAAUUUACAGCACAGUCUCCGUCCAAUCAUACGUCACUGUCUACCCAGUCACUUUGACCCAGACCAACGGAGGAGUCACCAGUCUUGAGACAACAACAAGCUUUGCGACAAUUUUCCAGUCUUCCACCAUCUAUGCCACUAGAACAGUUGCCGUUCAAACACAAGGAACUUCUUCCCCAAGCGGUUCUGUCGUUGUUCCACAAGGUAGCGCACAAGCAUCCGGGCCAGCCCCAUCAUCUACUUUUGAUAAUUCUGGUGUCACUGCUCCAUCUCCAGCUGCCUCUGUGGUUUCCAGCAACGGUGUCCCUGCCCCUGUCGCUUCUACUCCAGCUUCUACACAAACUGGAUCUAACUCUGGAAACUCUGGAAAUGGAUCACCAUCUGUUGUUGCAAGUUUGAGUGCCACAACCGGUAGCCCAUCCUCCGCUAUCAACACUAACAGUGGAGAUAUGGUUUACAGCACUGUGACAGUUGUUCCCGUUGCUAGUCAAGCAGUCAGCUCAGCUCAAGGCUUGACCACACCUGCACCAGCAACUGGUUCCUCUCAACCAUUGACUUCUGCCAUUGGUGUAUCUGGAAGUGCAGGUUCUGAAGAAUGUGCUCAACCAUCUGUUAUCACCAUUUCCGCUUCUCCUUCUAUUCUCACUGUUACUCAAUCUGCAUCCGUCAUUACCAUCAUUCAAACUGCCGGUGCUAGCUCUCCAUCUGGUGUUGCUUACCCAGGGUCCCCUGAGAACUCCACCGUCUCUGGUCUCCCAGGUAAGGCUGUUUCAGUCUCAUCCGCUGAGGGUAUCACCAUCGCUUCAUCGACUAUGAUUGUUCCAGGUUCAGGUGCAUCAUCCACCAUCGUUGUACCAGGAGCUAUUCUCCCCACUGGAUCUCAAGUCUACCCAGUUGGAUCAUCCACUGUUGUUGUACCAGGAAAUGCUGCCCCUACUGGAUCUGCAUCUGAAGUAUACCCAGUUGGUUCAUCCACUGUUGUUGUACCAGGAGUUGUUGCCCCUACUGGAUCUCCAGUCUACCCAGUUGGCUCAUCCAACAACGGUACCUCUGGAACUUAUGCUAGUGGAACUGGCAUCAACAAACCCACUCAACCAACCUCUUCCGUCACUGGCAUCACUGCCGCCAGUGGAUCAGCAACUGCAUCCCCAAGCAUGAUUGUCACUGGAUCUGCUAGCCGUUCUAGCAUCUCCAUGGGAUUGAUUGCUGUCAUUAUGGGCGCUGUCGCUCUCUUGUAA